GCAUUCGAAAGUGUUUACACAAUUUUAUUUUCUUUCUUGAUCAGUCGGGACGAAAAGAUUUUAGAGUCAAAUAUAUAGUAUAUUUAAUGUAUUUGACAAUUGCUUGAACAUUUCCAAAAACCAUUCAAUAUAUUUCAUUGUUAAUUUUAACAUGCAUCCAGCAAAUUGCUUUAUUUAAAACAGGUGUUUGAUCUUUAGCAGUGCGGAAAAUAAAUCAAGUAAAGGGUCAACAUGAAUAGAAAUUCCAAUACAUUGAGCCCUUUGGGGUUCAAUUGUUUAAGUUUAUCAUGGUUCAACUCUAAAUUAUUCAUCGUGAAUGGAGCCCCAUUUAAAUUUUAUUUGAUGGGAUUUGAUUCCUGUGAGACAUGUGAGAUUGUAAAAAUUAUCGAGGCUUACGGAGGGAAAUUAUCGCAUCCCGACUUUCCAGAUACCUUUGUGUUCCGCGAUCCUGGUCGCCCAAUUAUCACAGAUAAAUACGAUCUAUACAAUAUCAAGUUUUUUUAUGAUAGCAUUGUUGCUCUACAACGUCAGAAUUUAAUUAACUAUAGGCUCCAGGUGUCCAUGAAGUCACCAAUUGCCAAUUUUGUGAACCGUGAAUCGGCACGUUCAGCAGUUGGAGAAAAUAGGAGUGAUCACGAUCAGGACUCAAUGGAUUGCGACUGUGAGUUAUCCAUAAACGAAACGCCCAGAGUUUUUCCGAAAGAUGACCAAAGCUCUCAGCGGGAAACCAUUAAAGAAAACAAUAAUAAAUUUCCACAACCAAUGAGCUGCAAACCCCUUGUUCUCAUAAAUAAACAAACGGCGAAUUUGAUAAUGGGCGAAGAAUUGAGGAUCUACCGCGAUAAUGAAGAAGCUGACAAUUCCAGUAAGGAAAAUCCAGCUCACGAAUUCCCCCCCAUUAUCGAAACACAGGUGGAGCUGACACUCAAUACCAAUUCCUCCAACGCAACAAUAACCAAUGUUGAUUCUCGGGAAGUCAGAAAUUUAGAAAAUGUUCAUCCCGAGGAUACAACUGAAGCGACAGGCACCGAAAGUGAGGCUCACAUAAAUGACCAAGAUGGGGAUGAUUUAAUUGCAAUUAUAACAGAAAAUGGUGAAAGUUCUGAAGAUACUGCCAAAGUGAGGCGUGCUAUAAAACCGGAGGCAAAUUUCGAUGUAGAAGCAGCUGCGAAUGAUGACCUUGUACCAUCGAGAUUUCGACGUCGUCCCCAUUCAGUGGGUGGGCAGAACGAGAAACGAAUCAAAACGACUUUCACGGAAGAAGACCGUGAGAAAAUCAUGAGCUGGGUUAUAGAAAAGGAAGUAAUUCCGUCAAAUACCGGAAAAAAUAUAUGGCAGGAGUUCUUAGACGAAAAGAUUCUCCCUGAUCUAACUUGUGGACCAGCAAGUCUAGCCCGGUAUUACUCGAGUCAUUUGAAGAAUCAUCCAAAAAUUCAAAGAUUCAUGAAAGAAGCAAGGGCCGAAGGAAAAAAGCUAAAACGAAUGACGAGUCGAUAUACUGAAGAAGAAGAUCGAAUUCUCAUUCAAUAUCUCGUCGAUAAUGAUGUUAUUCAUCGGGCAACAGGGGAAAGCGUUUGGGAGGAAUGUCUAGUUGAAAACAAGGAUUUAUUACACCCACACAGGACAGCGGCGAAGUUAUGUGCCUAUUUCAACUACAAACUUCGUUUUAAAUAUACAAAAUAUACUAAGGACCCACGGACGUUGAAAAAGUUCGAGGCGUUAGAACGAAAGAAACGGUCAAGGAUCAGGAAUAGCAAAAAUAAUCUUUAGCCCUGAAUGAAUAUUAUCAGAGGGAAAUCAGGCAUUUCACUGUGAAUACUAUCCCACUAAGUACGUGAACAGUUUAAUUAAAAAAUUGACAACAUGGCAUCCGCCAUUAUAUAAUUCACUUUCUUCAUCGAUUUCCUCAUAUUUUGUCAAUAAUGAAUUUUUGUGUUCUAUGUAGACCAUUGAGAUAUCAUCAUUCUUUGACCCCGAAAAAAGCUUGUAGAUUUAUUUAUUGAGAUUAUGUGAUAAACAAGACUUUUUUAUUUAAUUUAUAAUUGGGUAAUGUUCCAUAAUCAAUGUGUAAUAAAGAAUGUAAAAAAUCA